GCCAACUGUUCAAAGUUCAAACAUUAUUCUUUUUAACAUGUUUCGACACUUCUGAACGCCACAAAGCCUCAAUUCUCGUAGAAUCAUUGAACUAGCUCAGUUCUACAGCAUAGCUGCAUUGGUGCUUUUCAAGAAGUAUGGAAGCAAAUAGGGCCCAGAAUGGAAUUCAACUGUUGUUAGCUGCAGAACAAGAAGCUCAGCACAUUGUCAACACUGCAAAAGCUGCAAAAAUGGCUAGACUGAAACAGGCCAAAGAAGAGGCUGAGAAGGAGAUUACCCAAUUUCGUGCUAAAAUGGAAGCUGAGUUUCAGAGAAAGGUUGCAGAGAGUAGCGGAGACUCAGGUGCUAAUGUGAAGCGUCUUGAACAAGAAACAGAGGCAAAGAUCGAUCACCUGAAGAGAGAGGCUGCAAGAAUUUCCCAUGAUGUUGUCCAGAUGCUUCUGAAGCAUGUGACAACCAUAAGAAACUAAGAUUUUGAACAGGAUUUUGUGAUUGGAAUGUCUGGUUGCUCUGUUUUUCCUGCCUUAUUUUUGGCACCAAUUGCACUUUUUACGCCCGUAUCUUAGCAGAUUUAUUGUUUGUAUUUGUUGAUUGUUAUCCUUGACCGAGUAGCACUUUAAUUCGUUCUCUUUAUAUUUGUUGUCACUUUUCUUGGGGCAGCUAGCAAUCUCUUUAUGUUUAUUGAAGACCUUUGUGCUUAAUAAAG